AUGAAAAUCCCGUUUGGUAUUGCUGAAGGACUCGAGUACUUGCACGAAAAAGUCAACCCCCCGAUCAUAUACCGAGACCUUAAAUCGUCAUACAUUUUAGUGGCUGAGGUCAACAACCCAAAACUCUCCGAGUACGGGCUGGCUAAGCUCGUCCAGGCUGGCGGCAGCAAGAUGGCAGGCUAUGGGUAUUCUGCACCGGAGUACGAAAUGAAAGGGGAGUUGACAUUGAAAUCCGAUGUGUAUAGUUUUGGCGUGAUCCUAUUAGAGCUCAUCACAGGACGUCGAGCCCUCGACACCUCACGACCAGCAGACGAGCAAAAUUUAGUUAGUUGGGCCCAACCUAAAUUCCGAGACCCAUCCAAGUUCCCAGACAUGGCGGACCCGCUACUCCGUGAGCAUUUUCCGGUGAUGAGCCUAAACCAGUUGGUUGGAGUUGCUGUCAUGCCAUGUGUCUCCAAGACGAGCCUUUUGCUCGACCCCUCAUUAGCGACAUCUCGGUUUUCUGGCCGUGGCCCCACCCGAGACCCCUAUCCCGGCCAGACUCGUCUCGGGUCCAAAUACACCUCUUUCAGGGACGAGCUCGGACGAUGA